AUGUACAAAGCAACCCCUGUCCUGACUCCGGAGUUCACGAAGCCCUAUGUCUCGUCUUAUCUCAUCCUCGCUCCGGAUAUGGAGCGAUCCGCGGGGAAACUGAAUCUGGGCUUCCAGGUGCAGGAGGAGGACACAGGGGAGCCGCCCAGCUGCGGGCAGAUGCCACAGGGACCUCCUGGCUGGGAGCGGGUUCUGCACGGAGCCCAAAAUCAAGCCUGCAACGUUGUCAAUCAGGGCCUGAAGGAGGUCCGUCCAAUCAGGGCGCGAGGGAUGGAGCCUCAUCCAAUCAGAGCCGGGGGCGGACGCAUCCCCUCCUGCGGGGACGUCGCUCUCCGCUUCCUGGGCGUCCAGCGCGCCUCAUGGGGUCCAGGUGACCCGUCGCUGUCCCUCUCACCUGCGCGGGCGGUCGGGCCGCAGGGCCGCAGAGAGGACGCCGUGAGAACCGAGAGCGGGACUGAGAUGGACUCGGUGGUCUUUGAGGACGUGGCUGUGAACUUCACUGCGGAGGAGUGGGCUUUGCUGGACCCGGCUCAGAGGAAGCUCUACAGAGACGUGAUGCUGGAGACCUUCAGGAACCUGGCCUCCGUGGGGCGUCCCUGGUGGCGCAGUGGUUGAGAAUCUGCCUGCCGAUGCAGGGGACACGGGUUCGAGCCCUGGUCUGGGAAGAUCCCACAUGCCGUGGAGCUACUAGGCCUGUGAGCCACAACUACUGACCCUGCGCGUCUGGAGCCUGUGCUCUGCAACGGGAGAGGCCGCGAUAGUGAGAGGCCCGCGCACCGCGAUGAAGAGUGGCCCCCGCUCGCCGCAACUAGAGAAAGCCCUCGCACAGAAACGAAGACCCAACACAGCCAAAAAUAAAUUAAUUAAUUAAAAAAUUAAUUUUUUUUAAAAAUGGUUUUUAGAGGGAUAUGAAAAGACACAAUAAAACUGUAUAUAUCCAUUACUUUCCUAUAA